UUUAUUAUUAUUCUUCUUCUUAUUAUUAGGAAUGUAAUGAGCUGUGUUCUCAGUUUGGUGUUUUGUCCUGUUUUUGGCUUCAGUAGUGAGAGACGGAUGAAGUCCUGCUGUUUUAGACAUUGAUUUUUUUUUUUAUUCGGGAUCAUUUAGAGAGAGAGCGAGAGAGAGAGAGAGAGAGAGAGGUUAAGCUAACCCCCCCUCCUCCCUUUAAAUACCUCACACCGGGCAACGCUUUUUAUUUUAGAUCAUCACCCUUCUGAUUAUAUAAAGCAGAAAUUUCUACAUUUCUAUUCUGAUUUUUGUUUACUGCUUUGGCGGAGGAGGAAGGAAGAAGUGGAGGGGGGAAAAAGGGACAGACAGAGGUGUAUAUAGAGGAGAAAAAAGAGAGAGGAAGAGGAAAGAGAGAGAGAGAGAGAGAGAGCGCCUCCACACCCCAGCGUAAAGGAAAUGCCCAUCGCGGCUACUGGUGCGCCGCCAGCGACUCCCGAGCCCCGUGUGCGUCCCCGAGUCCUUGCCGGGGCCGAGCGUGUGCCCAAGCGCGCUCCAGAAGGCGAGUACAGCGCAACGGAGGCGGCCCUAGUCGCGGACAGACUAUCCAGCGUGCACGGGGUUUCCGCCUCCUCAGCGGCUCCCUCUCACCCGUCACACCCUUCUCACCCGUCUCCCCCGGCGCACUCACCCCAGCCCAUGGCCACCGAGCCGCCCAGGACUCGGUCCCGCUCGCGCUCCGGAUUCUAUCAGAGCGCUGGCGCGAACAGUGGCGCAGGGAGUCCGGGCGCAAACCUCCAUCAUCAUCACCAUCAUCAUCAUCUUCAUCAUCAUCAUCAGCAGCACCAGCUGAGCGGCGCAUGCGCGGUGCUCGGGGCUCAUGGACACCCGGAGAAUCUGCGGCCGCCCCCCGGCGUGCUCUCCCCCGGCGGACACCGGCAUCCAGGUCCCGGAGCGCACAGGAGCCCAGGAGGAGCAGGAGCGAUGGGAGGAGUGUAUCACUAUCAUUCCGAGCCGACCUGCGCAGACGCCACAGAUAAGACGGAGGACUCCCCCAGUCCGAAGCGCCAGCGGCUCUCGCAGCAGUCUGUGUUAGAGUUGGCCUCGGCUCCGCCCUCAACACCCUCACCGCCCAUCAGACCGUGGGAGCUCCCGCCCAGUCGCAGACCACACCCCUAUCCUCACUCGCAUUAUCACUCGGAGCGCUGUCACACACCCGCCAGGCACAGACGCAGCCCUCCAGUGCGACGUCAGCGUGCCCGGCGCGAGCGCCUCUCUCGGCUCCAUCACGGUUCCCCCGGCGGCCCCCAGGAUGAGAACUACCGCCACCCUCCUCAUCCUCACACACACCCUCUUCACUCGUACGGCCCGACCAUGCCCCCUCACCCGCCGGCUGGUACCGACGAGCCCCGCGCCUUCCACCCUCCUGCAUUGUCGCCACGGCUACUUCAUCCACAGCAGCAAGGCACAGUGGUCAUGGACCUCCACGAGCAGCUUCCUCAGGGUACAGUCCCCGUAUCGUACACCGUGUCUCCAAUGGCAGCUGGCCUCCCGCCUCCUCUCUGUACGGGACAGCAUAUCCCAGCAUGCUCCUCUCAGCAGCAGGUGCCCGCCUGCUCAGUGGUCUUCAGCAGCCAGCAGCACUACCCCGUCUGCCCACCUCCGAUGCUGCCUGCGUGUUCAGUGCAGCACUUGCCCAUGCCAUACGCGUUUCCUUCACUGCUUUCCAGCGAUUCGACCUUCCUGCUCCACCCGCCACACCAUCUCUCGCACCAUCACCACCACCCCCCACACCUGGCCCCACCCACACACUUCCUGCCCUUCCAGACACAACAGUCAAGAUCACCACUACAGAGGAUUGAGAAUGAGGUUGAGCUGCUCGGAGAACACCUGCCGGUAGGAGGCAGCUUUAACUACGGCCACUCGGGCCACCCCAGCCCCCUGCCUCCAUCCACGCCGUUGCAGUUCCUCUCUCACGAUCCCCUGCCGCAGGAGCUCUUCGGAGUGCCGUAUCCGCACUUCAUGCCUCGACGCAUCACGGGUCGGCGGUACCGUUCGCAGCAAGCCGUGGCUCCUCCCACGUAUCAUCCCAGCCUCCUUCCGUACUUCCUAUCUGUUCUUCCAGUGCAGCCUACAGCCGUGGGGCCCGCUAUCAGCCUGGAGCUGGAUGUAGACGACGGGGAAGUGGAGAAUUACGAGGCUCUGUUGAACCUCGCAGAACGUCUCGGGGAAGCCAAACCACGCGGCCUGACGAAAGCAGACAUCGAACAGCUGCCUUCCUACAGAUUCAACCCCAGCAACCACCAGUCCGAGCAAACCCUGUGUGUGGUGUGCAUGUGUGACUUCGAGUCCCGACAGCUGCUCCGAGUCCUGCCCUGCAAUCACGAAUUCCAUGCCAAGUGUGUCGACAAAUGGCUCAAGGCUAACAGAACCUGCCCCAUCUGCCGAGCCGACGCCUCCGAAGUCCAGCGGGAUUCCGAGUGACCGAUCCCGACCCGUUUUCACUCCUGCCCCAUCUCUCUCUCUCUCUCUCUCUCUCUCUCUCACACACACACACACACACACACACACCGCGUACAUGCUCGCAUACACACCAUAUGCCACCAGUUUCCCAAGGACUUUUUCUCCAACAUCUCGACACACUGGACUUCCUUUGAGAUAUAUAUAUACAUAUAUAUAUAUAUAUAUAUAUAUACACACACACACACA